AUGGGAUCACUGAAACAGUACCGUAGUGGGCCGUGGAAUGGAGUUCGGUUCAGUGGUCACCCCCUGCCCAUGUAUCCAGGUUUUAACCCGAUAUUCGACUUUAAUGGAAAUAGUUUGAAUUCUAUCUCUGACAGUUACAACAUCCCAGUUAUUACAAGAGUAACUCUGGUUCAAUCAGGCUCUCUCCAUCGCUAUGUAAUGGAUGAAACGGGCACUAAAUGGACUCUAGUUUUCACAACACCAGGUGAUCCAUGUGACAGUUAUGGGAAAUGCGGUCCCAAUGGUAUUUGCAGAAUUAACAAAACUCCAAACUGCGAUUGUUUGAAGGGAUUCACUCCAAAAUCUCAACAAGAUUGGGAAAUGCUUGUAUGGUCCAGUGGAUGCGUAAGAAAGAUAGCAUUAGAUUGCCAGAGUGGAGAAGGAUUUCAAAAGGUUGCGGCAGUAAAGCUGCCUGACUUGUUGGAGUUCCAGCUUAACACUAGUAUGAGCCUCGUUGAGUGCAGCGCAGAGUGCUUAAAAAACUGUUCUUGCACUGCUUAUGCUAAUGCAUUCGUUACUGGAGGUGGCAGUGGCUGUUUGAUGUGGUUCGGUAAUCUGAUGGACAUAAGGGAGUUAGUUGUAGAAGGUAGUGAGCAAGAUAUCUAUUUGCGCUUGGCAGCUUCAGAAAUAGAGUACCUCGGUCAUUCCAAGGAGAAGAAGAAAAGACUUACAAAGAUCCUAGUGGUAUUGGCCAUUUCAGGGCUACUUCUCUUGUCUGUGGUGUGCGUGUUCAUAUUCAUGAAAUUAAUAGCAAAGAGAAGAG